AUGAUCUCUGAAGAAGAUGAGUUAUCUAAUGAAGAGAAGAUAGAUUUAAUAUGCAGUUUGCUACUACAAGCUCCCCCUGGAGAAUUUAGGAAUGUUUUUGAAGACCUCCGUAUUCUGAUUUGUGAUGAUCAUCUCAUGAGGAAUGAAGCUGCUCAGGUGUCUGCGAAUCACACCAAGAAAAACUUCACACCUGUGAGCAUAAGGGGGGACGAUUCUCUAGUGACUCGACACAAUGAUCUUGGAGGGAAUCGCUUUUUUGAUCCACAGAUCAAGCUUUCUUUCAGAUUUGAUCACCUGAGCAGAAGAGCUGAUAAAAUCUUGCUCUAUCAUGUUGUCAGAAAAGAUACUGCAGAGUUAUGGAGAGAGACCCUUAAUGUUGCUUUAGAGUCCUAUGUGAAGAAACAUUUCCAUUCAGGAACCUGUCGUGUUUAUCGGAAAUCCCUUAGAGGCAGCCCAUUCUUUGUGAUCUGCAUUGAAGGCCAUCAGUAUAAGAAGUUUUGGAAUGCUUUUUGGAAAUCAGAGUGGAUUCUUCCCGUAACUCCCCCUAAUACUCAAGUCACAGGGAGUAUUUCUGUACAGUUACACUAUUUCAAAAAAGCUAACCUUCAUUUUACGGCAACCAAUACUAUUGAAGUAUCCAUGUGUUUAAUUAACCGUGCUCAGUUUGCUUUGGAUUUUGAGAAAUUAAUUGAAGGUGAGGAUAACAAACUUCAGACUGGUUUGCUUAAAAGCCUCCAAAUCUUGUCAGAUGAAGUAUGGAGUGUAUUUCGUAGACAGCUCCCAGUCACUCGUACUGCAAUCUGCUGGAAUAAACUGCUGACUUAUUAA